AAGAAGAUCCUUCUCAAUGCUUUUGACAUGUCAACAGUCGGUCAUCUUUCACCAGGUCAGUGGAAGAAUCCGAAAGAUCGCUCGGCCACGAAACGGAAACUGGAAUACUGGAUUGAUCUCGCCAAAUUGCUGGACCGAGGUGGUAUCAACGCAUUGUUCCUAGCGGAUACAUAUGGCGGAUACGACACGUAUGAAGGGAGCUUAGAUAACUGCAUCAGAAGAGCAGCGCAGUGGCCUAUGACGGACCCUACGAUCCCUAUCUCCGCUAUGGCAGCUGUAACGAAGAAUCUGGCAUUUGCAAUCACUGCUUCAACGUCUUUUGAGCCACCUUUUCUGCUAGCAAAACGAUUCAGCACGUUGGAUCAUCUGACUGGUGGUCGCUUCGGGUGGAACAUCGUCACAAGCUGGAAGAAGGCUGCCUUCAAGGCGAUUGGGUUGGAUAAUCCAAUUGAGCACGACGAGCGCUAUGCACAAGCAGAUGAGUAUCUGCGCGUACUAUACAAGCUUUGGGAAGGAUCUUGGGCGCCCGACGCCAUCACCGAGAAUGUUGAAGCAGAUGAAUACAUCGACCCAGCCAAGAUCCGCACGAUCAAGCAUGACGGCAAGUACUUUCAGCUGGAAUCACGCCACAUUGUAGAUCCAUCUCCCCAGCGCACGCCACUCCUAUUCCAGGCCGGUACUUCAUCAGCAGGAUCCGAGUUCGCAGCCACCCACGCAGAAGCUAUCUUCGUCUCUUCGCAUUCUCCCCAGAUCCUCCGGCCCAAAAUCGACAAGAUCCGGCAACUAGCACAAGAGAAGGGGCGUGAUCCGCAGAGCAUCAAAUUCUUCACGACAUUCACCCCGAUCAUAGGCCGCACGGAUGAAGAAGCCCAGGAAAAGUACGAGGAGCUGAAGAAAUAUGUCUCGACCAUCGGUGGCCUGGUUCUCGUGAGCGGUUGGACGGGGAUCGACUUGUCCAAGUAUCCUCCGGACCACGACCUCACAGCUGCCGACGCCACCGAGGACAACCGCGUGCGCAGCCUCCUCGACCAGUUCACUGCGACAUCGCCAGACGUGCCACGCUGGACACCCCGCGUCAUUGCCGAGAAAGCAUCAAUAGGAGGACUUGGCCCUGUUGUGGUUGGAUCGCCGGCCAAGGUCGCGGAUGAGCUCGAGAGAUGGGUCAGGGAAGCGGACGUCGACGGGUUCAAUAUUGGGUAUGUCACGACGCCAGGCAGUUUCGAAGAUGUGGUUGAGUUGCUGGUGCCGGAGUUGCGGAGGAGAGGAACCUACAGCGAGGCGCAGAGGGAUGGAUUGACGGCGAGAGAGAAGGUGUAUGGGGAGGGUCAGAGCGGGUUGAGGAGUGACCACGUGGGGAGUCGGUACAAGUACGAUGUGUACGACGAGGCGGAGGGCUAGGCUAAGCUGUUGUAGGAAUGCAGGAAUUGAAAAUUCAAUGUUGCAGCAGGGUGCUUCGAAGGGCUGAGGUCUUCAUGAUCAUCUCACCUCGUCUCACCUCGCCAGGUUUCGAGAUGCACAAUCUAGUCAUGAUUGCCCAGGAGAUGUCCUCGAUUGCGCAGGGCGUCGGGAAGCGGGUGGUCACGUGCAGAGCCAUGCCAUGCGUUCUUCGAGAGGGCGACACUGGAUGGAGCUGUCGUUGUCCCGUGAGCAGAGAGCUGGUCGCCGCUGCGAUUUGGAGUCUUGCUGGGUAUUGUUGAAGUGUUCCGGGUCCGGGGACGGCUUUGGCCGGAGAAUCAGCACAGCGCUGCCAGGCUUGUUCGGCUCUUCCCAGUCGAGCCCCAUACUCGACGACUGCAUCAAAGACGACGGUGGCUGCGCGGUGGCCCUGGG